GUCCAAAGACCAAUAAUGUUGAAAUGAUAACAAAGUUGCGCGAGGCGGGCAUGAAUAUUGUUCGCAUGAACUUUUCGCAUGGCUCCUACGACUACCAUAAGUCCGUUAUCGAUAACACGCGUGAAAAUGCAAGAUUGUACCCCGGUCGACCGGUCGCGAUUGCUUUGGAUACGAAAGGACCCGAGAUCCGGACAGGUCAAAUGCGUGAUAAUGUCGAGCUCCCCAUCACAGCUGGACACGAGAUGACCUUUAGCACAGAUGAAAAAUAUGCGGACAUUUGUGAUCUGGAAGUGAUGUAUAUCGAUUACAAGAACCUCACAAAAGUAAUUGAAGUCGGCAAGAAUAUAUUUGUUGAUGAUGGUAUUCUGUCAUUUGAGGUGUUGGAAGUGCAUGAUGACCACCUCAAAGUUCGCGCAUUGAAUAACGGAAAACUUUGCAGCAAAAAGGGGGUCAAUCUACCACAGACUGACGUGGAUUUACCUGCAGUCUCUGAGAAGGACAAACAAGAUUUGUUAUUUGGAGUGGAAAAUGAUGUUGACAUGAUAUUUGCUUCUUUCAUUCGCACUGGUCAAGAUAUCCGAGACAUCCGAAGUAUUUUGGGCAAAAAAGGAGAGAAUAUUAAAAUUAUUGCCAAAAUCGAAAAUCAACAAGGUGUCAAUAAUUUUGACGAUAUUCUGAAGGAAACUGACGGAGUCAUGGUUGCACGUGGCGAUCUCGGCAUCGAAAUCCCACCAUCUCAUGUAUUUGUUGCGCAAAAAAAGAUUAUUGCAAAGUGCAAUCUUGCUGGGAAACCUGUAGUGUGCGCCACGCAAAUGCUGGAGUCUAUGACAGUGAGUGAUGGCAUUCCUAUCAAUGAGGUCAGUGAUGUUGCAAAUGCGGUGUUGGAUGGCGCGGAUUGCGUUAUGUUGUCCGGUGAAACCGCUAAAGGAUCAUAUCCCAUUGAAUCUGUUAAAAUGAUGCACGAAACUUGUAUAAUGGCCGAAUCUGUCAUUUGUUAUCCUCCCCUCUUCAAUGAACUUCGUGCGCUCACUCCUUUACCAAUGGAAACCACGGAAUCCGUGGCCUGUUCCGCUGUAUCGGCCGCACACGAGAUUCACGCAGCAUGCAUCCUUGUGUUGUCAACUUCAGGCAACACCGCCCGUUUGAUCUCCAAAUACAGGCCGCGUUGUCCUAUUAUAACCGUUACGAGGUUUGCUCAAACCGCAAGACAAAUUCAUCUCUACCGAGGAUGUUACCCCUUUGUUUAUGAACUCUCAAAGACCUCUAAUGAAGAUGAUGACCAAUGGCAAUACGAUGUGGAGGAAAGAAUUAGAUGGGGAAUAAAGCGUGCCGUCGAGCACAAGUGA